AUGAUCUGUGUGCUGGAAGAUUCAAAAUUUAUUGCAGGUAAUGCCGUUCAUGUUCGAGUGAAUGAGGAUGGUUGCAAGCGAGUUGCAGCAUCGAUUGUUGCUGAGAUAGACGCUCAUGGGAAGCGAUAUGAAACUUGGGACAGUCAUGAGCUGCAUCCGCAAACCAAGGAUACAUCUACUUUAGACUGGAUUUUUUUUAUUGACUUGUUAAACUUCUCCUUCUGGUCGAAGACUGACGUAGAGGAUACAGGGAGUCAUCCAGAGAGAUUCGCCAUUGAGUAUCAUGGCAAGAGGUACACUGGUUAUUGGAGUCUCUGUGCAGCCGUAAACCGCAUGUUGGAGCGUGGUAUUCCUAUUACAGAUCCAAAGUUCUACGCGGAUGUUGAGCGUUGUCCAAAUGGGCUCAUUGCUGAGAUGUUUUCCAGUGCAACAAGCGAGAGCGUGCCAAUGCUCAAGGAACGUAUCCAAGUUCUUCGUGAAGGCGGACGAGUUCUCGUUGAAAAAUAUGACGGGAGUUAUGCUAACCUUCUCAAACAAUGCUCACAUUCGGCUCAACGACUGCUGACUCUUUUGCUUCGUGACUUUCCUAAUUUCAAUGACACGUCCGUUUAUCGCGACCGGAAUUGCUAUAUUCUCAAAAGAGCUCAGAUUCUUGUAGCAGAAACUUGGGCUUGUUUCGGAGGCAAAGACUGGGGUCGUUUCGAUGAUAUUGACACGGUUACCAUGUUUGCGGACUACCGUGUUCCACAGAUUUUGUGGCAACUUGAAUGCCUUGACUACAGCGAGGAGUUUGAAGGACGUUUGCGGAAUCAUGAACAAAUUGCUCACGGUGAUGUUAUGGAGGUGGAAAUGCGAGGCUGCAGCAUUUGGGCAGUCGAAUGUAUUCGCAAAUGGAUGCCGAAAUAUGCGUUGAAUGCAAUUGAAAUUGAUUUUUACCUUUGGGAUCUUGCCAAGGAAUGGCAAUCUAUUGCGUUUCGACCUGACAAUUCUCGUGCGCAUCAGCAAAUUCCGUGUAUUGAAGUACGCAGCAUUUACUAUUAG